CGGGGCGCGCAGGCCGCCCGGCCGCCCCCGCGGUGGCGAAGCGCCUCAGCGUGCACGGCCUGGCGGCGGCGGCGCGGCGCAGCGCCGUCGGCGCCGUGCAGCCGCUGCUGGAGGAGCCCAGGUUCGACCUUAAGGCCACGGUGGGUUUGCAGGAGUGGUCGCUGAAGAAUUGGCGGGUCAUUGCAGACGGCCUUCGGGUCCUGCAUGAGCACGGCGCCCUUCGCCGCCUUCAGCCUCACCGGCGGCGUCCACGGCCGCGACCAGAGCAUGGACGCGGCGGCCAUCGGAACCGCGCUGGCGCUGUUCAAGCUGGGCCGCCUGGGCACGCUGGUGCUGCUCAACGUCCUCCCGGAGAGCGGCAGGCAUGGCCCGCGCCUGCUGCCGCCGCGCCACCUGUCGCACCUGCUGGCCGCCGCGCUCGGCGCCGCGGGCGCGCUGUGCACGCUGGGGUCGUCCCCGGCGCACCUCUGCGCCGGGGCGCUGCUGCUCGGCUUCGGCUGGACGGACCCCAUCCUGCAGGUCCACGCCGCCGAGCACGCCAGAGGAUGCAAGGCCGUGAAGGUCCAGUUGCUCGGUUGGAUCUGGCGCGGGCGGCUGCUGGGGAUGCUCCUGGGUUCCGUCGGCUCGGGCUACCUCUACGACGCCGCCGGCUGGCGCGGGGUCGCGGCCCUGCUGGCGGUGCCGCACCUCUCGUACCUGGCCGCGGGCGCGUCGUCCCUCCAGCCGGCGGCCCCCAGGCCGGAGCGCCGCCGCCAGAGCCCGGGCCGCUUCUCGUUGGACGCGACGGCGGUGGCGAGGCUGCAGGACUUCAACGCGGGCCGCGGAGAGGACCUUGGCGGGCUCCGGCUGCCCUUUGUGCUCCUGCUGCUGUGCGCCUGCUGCGCGGCCGAGUACACCCUCGGGGUGAUGCUUUCGACCAUGCCACUAUACUUCACCACCGGCCUCGGCAGCCACGAGACGAUGGACGUGUUCGCUUUCGGCGCCCUCGACGCCCUGCGCGUGGCCAUGGCCACGACGGCGG